AAUAAAAAUAAAAUGGAAUGAUGGAUUUGAUGGUUUGCCUGCUAACAUACGUUUUUCUAUUUAACUCUGCAAACUUUAUGAGGAUUUUCUGCAAUACAUAAGAAUCAACAAUGGGUUUUAGAUUGAAUCUCAAAGGUGUUUUCCCAGUUCCUUCUCAUUUUCUUCCCAAUUAUUCACCUUCCAGGCUUCCUUCUUCUUCUUCUUCUUCUUCUUCUUCUUCUUCUUCUGUUAGAGGGAAGGAGGCUUCUUUUAACUCAACCAGGCUGUCUUUCCUGUCUGUAAUAUCUGAUGAAGGUGUGUUUCUAUCAAAAGAUCCUCCAAAAGCAUAUGCUUCACCUGCAGCUCUGCAAACAUUAGAAAAUGGCUGCUCAGAUAAAGAAGAAAAGGUAAAUAUUGACAAGGGACCACAGUCACGGAAUUGUUCCCAUGUUAUGGUUGGUAAAUCGCAUGAACCGAUUAGAGGGAACAGAUCUUCCUCGUGCGCAAGCCCACAGACAUGCAAGGCAUCACGUUAUAACGUGCUUAAGGAUAAUCUCAACGUUUUGGAGGAGACAUUUGUUGAUUCAGAUGUGUUAAGAUUGGAGAGGGAAAUCCUACUACAACUAGGAAGGCUUGGAGCUCUAAAUUUAUUCAAUAUCUUUCUGUCUCAUAAACCUUCAAAUAUUUUCGACCUAUCUGACGUUGCUGCCAAUAGUGUAGAGUGUAAUAUGAAUGGUUUGGUGGAUAGUGAAAAGGACAAGAUUAUCGUUAGCUCUAGAAAAAAUAAACAACGAAGAAAAAGAAGAGAAAAAGCGGUAGAAACUACUAUAAUUUCUACACAGUUGCUGCCUACCAACACCCUACAUGGACGUUAUCAAAAGCCCAAACGUUCUUCUCCUAAAAGAAUGUCAGACUCUAGAAAGAGAAGAUUGGCAGUUGCUAGGAAUGAAGUAGAAAUGUCAAAGGGUGUUAAGGUGGUUGCAAACUUGGAGAGGAUUAGAACAACUUUGGAAGAGGAAACCGGGAGAAUGGUCAGCUUGAGUUGCUGGGCAGAAGCAGCCAAACUUACUGAGAAGGCGCUGCAACAGCAUUUGCAUUAUGGUUGGUACUGCAGGGAUGAGUUAAUAAGGACUACACGCUCCUUAGUCCUCUACUUUGCAAGGAACUAUAGGGGUUUGGGAAUAGCCCACGAAGACUUAAUCCAGGCGGGAAGUAUAGGAGUCCUCCAAGGUGCAGAAAGGUUUGACCACACAAGGGGAUACAAAUUUUCUACCUAUAUACACUACUGGAUAAGGAAAUCAAUUUCGAGAAUGGUGGCACGGCAUGCUAGAGGGAUUCAAGUUCCCUGCACGUUAAGCAGGGCGAUAGUACAGAUACAGAAAGCUAGGAAGGCCCUUAGCAAAAGCCAUGGGAAAUACCCAGAAGAGGACGAAAUUGCCAAGAUUACGGGUCUUUCUUUGUCCAAAAUCAGGUCGGCUAAUAAAUGCUUCAGAGUUGUGGGUUCAAUUGACCAGAAAAUUGGAGAUUGUAUCAAUGCAAAAUAUUUGGAAUUUAUUCCAGAUGCAUCAAUAUGUAGCCCGGAGAAAACUGUGAUGAGGCAGCACAUGAAGGAAGAUAUUCAUGAUCUUUUGAAUGGUCUGGAAAAAAGAGAGAGGCAAGUGAUGGUUCUACGCUAUGGACUCACGGGUUCUCCCCCGAAGUCACUCGAGGAGAUUGGGAGGCUUUUUCGUGUGAGCAAAGAGUGGAUAAGAAGGAUAGAGAUGAAAGCAAUGGCAAAAUUGAGGGAUAAAGAAACCUGCAGAAAUUUAAGCCACUAUUUGGACUCUUAGUUCCAAUUAUGGUUCGAGAUAACUCCACUAUUGGCUGUUUUCCAGAGGUGUUUCGAGCCUGAGAACACAAUUAACUUCCAUUCUCCCAAAGCUAUGACAGAUGAUUUUGCUCGGGAAAUGAAUCGCUCUCUCGAAGAGGUUGGCAAAGGCAGAAUAAAAUCAAACAUGGUGCUUUGUUUAAGGCAAGCUUGGUAAAUUAUCAUUGGAAGCCUUUAAUGGCCAUUUUGUAUUAUCUGAAACUCUGCAAAGUUUCCACUGUAAAUGUUCAUUUCAUCUUCUCUUGGAUGAAAGAAAGCUUUAGUAUUAUUGUAAUAUCAUUACAAAUCUCUUGUAUGUGAAGUUGAAGAUUGGGUCAAUUUUACCACUUGGAUAUUGCCUUUGUAAGUUGCAACUCUGCCAUAUCUAAGCCAAGCAUAAAGAUCAAA